AUGACCGGUACAGAUGGCUCUCCGAUGCAUCUUCCUGAUCCGGCGCCUCCAAUGGUGUACACAGUGAGGGGAGUGAUUGGCGCAUUCAGUCUUCUCACCUUGAUUGUUUGCUGUCUUAGACUCUAUCUUCGAGGAUUUAUCAUGCACGCUCUCGGUCUGGAUGACUGUCUUGUUCUUCUUGCCCUAGUAUGUACUAUUUUCACAGAGGAUGAAGAUGACCCAACUCUUAACCGCACUGAGCAGUCCAUGGUCCUUGUGUUCGCGGCCCUCUCCAUCAUUCUUACAACGUACGGGAUUGGCUACCAUCAGGAUACUGUUCCUACUGCAGAUAUGAUCAUGAUGGAGAAGUACGUAUAUAUCUUAUUCUGCCUAUAUCUCUGGGUGGCCUUGGCGGUCAAAUGUAGCCUUACUGUUUUUAUCAUGCGGGUUUUCCCAACCAAAUGGAUCCGGCGGGUUGGUCUGGGAAUCAUGGUGCUCAUGGUCAUCGUGACAAUUUCGGGGGAAUUACCCUUGAUCUUCCAGUGCUGGCCAGUGCAGGCAGUGUGGGAUUCGACCAUUCCUAACUCGAAGUGCUUUUCCAAUGCUGUGUUAGAGGACCUCCAGCUGUAUCAGGCGAUACUGAUGUUACUAUUUGAUGUGAGCAUUAUCACUCUUCCGAUGCCGACAAUCUGGAAGCUUCAAAUGCCCAUUCAGCGUCGUUUAUUCAUUAUUGGACUGUUUUGUCUUGGAUUCGUGGCAUGCAGUGCCGGGCUGGCACGCAUUCCGCUAUUAGAUUUCCAAGUCAACUCAACUGACUAUACAUACGUCGGUGCUGUUCCCCUCAUAUUGAUGAACGUCGAAUAUGCACUCGGUCUAAUCACCGGCUCUUUACCUUCGCUACGUGUGCUACUUAGGAACAUUCCGGGGCUGAACAGCAGCAAAAAGAGCACCGAUCCGAGCCGAGAUUGGAGAAAUGGCCCUGGUCAUAGCGGAUACCAGCUCAGCGAACGGAGUCACUGGGCCCAUAAAUUCAAGGGGAAGGGUAAGCUCGAUCUUGAGAGUUGCGAUAACGAAAGCCAACAGCGGAUAGUCGUAACCACGACAGUGGAACAGGAGUAG